UCGCGCGCUUCAAGAUGGCGUCCCGCGCCAGAGGAAGAACCGCGUCCCGGUCGAUCUGUGUGGAGAACGAGCAGCAUGGCGGAGCCGUCCGUCCGGAUCCCCGGGAUCGUGUUAGCUUCUCUAAUGUUCCAGCACGUGAACAGCGAUUCAGACGUGGAAGGUUUCAUCCUCGGAGAGAGUAAAGUUGAAGAGCAGAUCACCAUCAGCGACUCUCAGGCCGAUCACAUUCACAUCGAGGAGGUGUACAACAUCCAGAAGCACGUCGCCUGCCACAAACUGAACGGCUUCUACGACAGCCUUGGAGACGUGGACGUGGACGCCGUCAGGAACAUCCUGGCGGACAAUAAGCAGGAGAACGUGAUUGGCUGGUACCGGCAGCGCAGGAACACGGAGCAGCAGAUGACGCUCAGGGAGAGGACGGUCCACGAGAAGCUGAAGAGCGCACUGUCCAACCCUCACGUGAUCUUCGUACUGCUGACGUCCGGCCAGGGAACGGCUUCGGGGUCCACUCACAGGAUGGAGUACGCCGCCUUCAUCUCACGCAGCAGGCGGUUCAUCAACGUUCCCGUGCUGGUCAACAACCUGGGUGUACUGGAACAGCUGGCGUACUGGAAGGUGUCGUCUGCGUGCUCCGCGGCGGGUUAUAACCUCACCGUGAAGAAACACGGGUACGCCGCUGCACGCCGAGGUCGAGCUCCACGCCGCGCCUGCUCCUCUAACUUCCUGCUUCUCUCCUGUCGUUCCAGCUCCAAGUUCUUCUCCUCCAACGGGCUGCUGAGAGAAGUCAACGAGGUGAAUAAGAUGAACGAUUGUCUGCAGACGGAGCUGCAGAAAGCCUGCGGGGAGGUGGAGGAGAGCGAACGUCUGGUGGAAACGCUGCAGGCGGAGGUUUCGGCUCUCAGGAGACGCCUGAGGGAGAGGAGGCGGAGCGGAGCGGGAAAAGCCUCAGACGAGGAUCCACCUGAGCAGAAGAACAACCUGCUGCUGCACGAGGCCGUCAGAGCUCUGUUCGCCUGUUCUCCUCUGUUCCACACGCAGACUUUAACCCUGGAGGGGUUUCCUGUUCGUGACGUCCGCUGCGGCGUGGAGCAGGACGGAGACGUGUCCGCUGCCGCCGCCGGGCUCGCACAGCGCCGGCGCUCAGGAACCGCUCGCCCUGCUGCGUCCCUGCAGGAGGAACUCUGGGAAACAGCAGCCAGAGAGGAGAAACGCAGGAAAACCAGCUCAUGACGGGAAAACGAGUCGCUUUUCCAUCACUUCCUGUUGUUCUUUACUGGUUAAUAUUAAACAGGCUUUAAUGUCAGCGAACAGUUCUGUCACCAACGAGGGAACGUCAGGAAGAUGUUUUUAUAUUUUGAGAACCGAUUCAUGAUUUUAUGUUGCAGUCUCUCAGUUCAUCAACAGAAACGCUGCUUCAUUCUGCAGCCGUGCUAGCAGCUCUGUGAGGCUGUCGGCUAAAUGCUAACAUGCUAAUGUUUAGCGUGUUAGCAUCGUCCAGCUGAGGCUGAUGGGAACGUCUUCAGUUCUGCAGCAAAGUAUUGAACACAUUAACAAAAUGAUUGAUUGAAAAUAUGAUCAGCUUCAUUCAUUCACCUCCAGUGACAUCAGACUGCAUCCAAAACCCUCAGUUAAAGUAUUACCAGCUAAAAGUACUUAAAGUAAAAGUGUUGAUGCAGCAGUAAAACGUUCCUGUCAGUGUUUCUCAUCAUAUCUGAUGUUUGUGGAUAUAAAUUCCUGCUGCAUUAAUGUGGAUGCUGCAUUUUUUAAACAGAACAACAUCUGGAGGUACGAGCUUUUCACCGGACAGGAAGGAAUCUGGAAAGUAACUGUAACUAAAGCUGUCAGACAAAAGUAGUGGAUUACAAGUCUAAAGUUGCAGUAUCUAAAAUUUGUACUUCAGUAGUUGAGUAAAUGUACUUAGUUACAUUCCAGUGUUUCGUGCAGCUGUCAGCUGAUCGGUCUGUGGACAAACGUCAUGGAAACAGAUGAUGAUGACUCAGCAGAUUUCAGUCGCCUCAGAGGAACCAAAGACUCGUGACGCUGCUUUUAAUCCACAUCUGGUUUCAGCAUCGUGAGAAUAAAAGGCUGAAGAUCCACCAGAGACUGAGCUCAUCCUCUUUGUUUGGUUUCAUUUUCAGAAAUAAAUAAAGUGAGAGCUGC